AUGCACCGCGCCCGCGACGCCGACCUGUUUGAGGACUUUUGCAAGGAGAAACUGCCCGACGACGAGGUGUACGUGCCGCCGCAGCACCAGCCAAUCAACCCCGAGGACGAGGACGACGUUGUGCCGGACCAGCACGCGGCCUUUGGCAUCACCAAGGCGACGCAGAGGCAGCGCGAGGCGGCGUGGAAGGACCUCGGGCUGGCGGGCCUCAUGAACCGCGGACCCCCCGCCGCCGGGCGGGUGGGCGCAGGACAAGGGAGCAGCAGGCGGUGCCGGCGCCGCCGGUGUGAAGAGGCUGCCGCGAUGGGUCUGAUGGGCUAG